AUGAGUCUCAAAUAUGGAAUGGGCGGUGCGACCACUGCACUGGCAGUAGUGGGAGCGUACAUGCUCUUCACUGGCGACGGCGAAGCUUUCAACUUCGGGCAAUUCUUAGAAGACGUAUCGCCGUAUGCGUGGGCAGAUACGGGCAUCGGAUUGUGCAUUGGUCUAUCCGUAGUAGGAGCAGCAUGGGGAAUUUUCAUUACUGGCUCCUCGAUUCUAGGUGGUGGAGUUAAAGCCCCCCGCAUUAGGACGAAGAACCUGAUCUCCAUCAUCUUCUGCGAGGUCGUCGCCAUCUACGGCGUCAUCAUGGCCAUUGUGUUCUCGUCGAAAAUCCACUACAUGGAACCGGACGUCAUAUACUCGGGCAGUAACUACUAUACUGGAUAUGCGUUGUUCUGGUCGGGGUUGACGGUGGGGUUGUGCAAUCUGAUCUGUGGUGUAUCGGUCGGUAUCAACGGAAGUGGUGCCGCGUUGGCUGAUGCUGCUGAUCCAAGCUUGUUCGUCAAGAUCCUGGUCAUCGAAAUUUUCAGCUCCGUCCUAGGUCUAUUCGGUUUGAUUAUCGGACUACUGGUCUCUAGUAAAGCAGCAGAACUCGGGGACUAA